UAUUAUUCGGCCCCCUUGCAUUAAUAUUUUGUAGUGCCACCUUUUGCUGCAAUUACAGCUGCAAGUCGCUUGGGGUAUGUCUCUCUCAGUUUUGCACAUCGAGAGACUGAAAUUGUUCCGCAUUCUUCCUUGCAAAACAGCUCGAGCUCGGUGAGGUAGGAUGGUGAGGAUUUGUGAACAACAGUCUUCAGCUCUGCCCACAGAUUCUCGAUUGGAUUCAGGUCUGGACUUUGACUUGGCCAUUCUAAGACCAGGAUAUGUUUAUUUGUGAACCAUUCCAUUAUAGAUUUAGCUUUAUGUUUUGGAUCAUUGUCCUGUUGGAAGAUAAAUCUCCGUCCCAGUCUCAGGUCUUUUCCAGACUCCAACAGGUUUUCUUCCUGUAUUUGGCUCCAUUCAUCUUCCCAUCAAUUUUAACCAUCUUCCCUGUCCCUGCUGAAGAAAAGAACCCCCAAACCAUGAGGCUGCUACCACCGUGUUUGACAGUGGGGAUGGUGUGUUCAGGGUGAUGAGCUGUGUUGCGUUUACGCCAAACAUAUCGUUUUGCACUGUGCCCAAAAAGUUAAAAUUUGCUCUCAUCUGACCAGAGCACCUUCUUCCACAUGUUUGGUGUGUCUCCCAUGUGGCUUGUGGCAAACUUUAAACGAGACUUUUUAUGGAUAUCUUUGAGGAAUGGCUUUCUUCUUGCCACUCUUCCAUAAAGGCCAGAUUUGCGCAGUGUACGACUGAUUGUUGUCCUAUGGACAGACUCUCCCACCUCAGCAAUAGAACUCUGCAGUUCAUUCAGUGUGAUCAUGGGCCUCUUGGCUGCAUCUCUGAUCAGUCUGCUCCUUGCUGGAGGUGAAAGUUUAGAGGGACGGCCGGGUCUUGGUAGACUUGCAGUGGUCUGAUACUCCCUCCAUUUCAAUAUGAUUGCUUCCACAGUACUCCUUGAGUUGUUUAAAGUUUGGGAAAUCUUUUUGCAUCCAAAUCCAGCUUUAAACCUCUCCACAACAGUAUUUCGGACCUGCCUGGUGUGUUCCUUGGUCUUCUUGAUGCUCUCUGCACUUUAAACAGAACCCUGAAACUAUCACAGAGCAGGUGCAUCUAUACGGAGACUUGAUUGCACACAGGUGGAUUCUAUUUAUCAUCAUCAGUCAACAUUGGCUCAUUCAGAGAUCCUCACUGAAUUUCUGGAGUGAGUUUGCUGCACUGAAAGUUAAAGCGGCCGAAUAAUAUUGCACGCCCCACUUAUCAAUUUUUGAUAUGUUAAAAAAGUAAAAAAUAUCCAAUCAAUUCCAUUCCACUUCACGAUUGUCUCCCACUUGUUGUUGAUUCUUGACAAAAGAAAGCAUUUUAUAUCUUUAUGUUUGAAGCCUGAAAUGUGGCGAAACGUUGAAAAGUUCAAGGGAGUCGAAUAUUUCACAAGGCACUGUAUGUGUUGCAACCACGUGCUAACUUCUACUUGAGGAAACAAAGCACAGAAUGUUGGAAAAAAGGGAGCACUUUGGUAAACACAAAUGGCCCUCUCCAACAACACCUGCUUCAACAAUUUAAUCAACAACCAAUUCAGGGCACCUAUCAAGGAAAUGUGUUCAGCUUGUUUGACUCCAGUGUAUCCAGUGGAAAAAAUGGUUGCCAAUAAACAUAUCCUGCAUAACAACUGUUUCUGCUGUAAACACUGUCAGAAGAAGCUCAGCAUUCACAACUAUUCCUCUCUUUAUGGCGAGUUCUACUGCAUGUCCCACUACCAACAGCUUUUUAAGAGAAAGGGAAAUUAUGAUGAGGGAUUCGGCCACAUUCAACAUAAAGACCGCUGGCUUCAGAAAGAUCAAGGGACAGAAGAAACUGACCUUACAUCUGUCCCAAAAAUGGCAAAAAUUAACUCAAACACGACCUCAAGGGAGUCAUGUGCUGAAGUUAGGGUCACAAAGUCACGUGAAACUGACAUGAGACCCGGCAAUCGUACUGACGUCACAGGCAAACUCAAAGUGAAGUGGCCACCAGAGAAGAAGAAUCCAUUACACCAUGUAAAUGUUCCCAGUGUGAAACAAAAAGAGAAGGUAAUGCCAUUUUUACAUGAAGGCUCACAAACAAGGGGGAAAUCUCUGACGAUCGACAUUACCUCAAAGGAGAACCUGAUCUUUGAGGAACCAAAACCCAGUAGUGCUGGCACAAAAGCAAAACUGGUUCAAGACACAUCUUCAACAGCACUUCCCAUGUCUUCUCCUUUGCUGAGAAAAGAUAGCAGUUUCUCAGAUCCAAACAAGAAACAGGCAACAGCUGGACUCAUCAAACAAACACAUUUUAAUAAAGCAUCGGAAAAACUGGAUGCUACUUCUAAAAAAACAAGGAAAUCUGUAUGUUUUUCUCCAAAAGUUGAUAUUUCUCUCUUUGACCAGACAUAUCAAAUGACCUCAGAUGCUUCAGAGGAAGCUCAAAGUGGGCUUCACAUUAAAACAUGUGAUAAUGCAAAUGGUAAUUGUGAAAAACGUGACUCUGCCCAGUCUACUGAGCUCAGAAAUAUACAACACGGACAUAAGCUCAAAGGAGAAGUAAACACCGUGAAGAAAAGUCAAGGGUUACUGGAAACUGAAGACAGCAAAAAUGAACAGACCCUUCUUGAUGAAUCAGUCAUGGAUACCAAAGACAAUUCAAUUUUCUUGACAGAAGAGUCAUCUGAUAAAGUUGAUAUUGCAUUAGAAAAAGCAAAACCUUCUAAAAAACCAAUGCCAUCUGGAAAGCUGUCGGAAAGCCAUGGACCAAAGGAUAACUUACCAAAAGAACACAAUACUAAUCAACAUGUUUCAGCAAAAACAAAUUCUCCCAUGAUUUCUGUAAAACACACUGACAGGUCAAAGGUCAGAAUGGGAUCUCGGUACAAUGGAAGAAGCCCUUUAUUAAAGCUCUUUGCAGCGAGUGGCACUGAAAAAACAUCCAAGACUGAAGCAAGAAGUGUCAAGAAAGCAGAGGAGAAGCCUGGUGUUGCACCCCUAGGAAGACUUUUUCAGUCAUCUUUAGACAAGAAUAACUUCACAAAAUCGCUAGCCUGUGACAACGAAUCCAAAGUCUACACUGAUGAUAAGAACAAAGAGGAUGGUGAUCCCGUCAAAGUCAAAGUUGAGGAUGACAUGGAAAACACGCUUCUUGCUUCUGACUCAAAAAUGCGUGCUAGCACCAAAGAGGAGUCUACAAAUGCAGAGCCAAGGAUCUUAACUGGUGAAACAAUUGAUAAACUAAGCAAUCUGGUCCAAACAGAGCCAACCAAACGGGAUACAAUUGAUCCUGCCGGAGGUGAGGAGACGAUCCUAAUAGUAGCUGAGACAGAUGACGGUAAUGAACUUUCUACUGAUGACGCGUAUGGCUCUCAAGGGUCAACUGAGGGAGGGCAAGAUGAGCAAAGACAAGUUUUUAGUGCGAGUUCUGUCUCUGCCGACCCACCAUUCAGUAAGAUCAAUCAAGAUGAAGAUGAGCUUGAUAAAACAAAAGAUAUGAACAGUGACCACAACAUGUUUUGUGAUGUCAUUCAAAAAGCUUCGCAAGAUAGUCCUGAUCUUCAGUUAAAUUCCCAGGCGAGUUUUGCGGAUGAACCUGUUCAUGUGCUAUUUUCAGUCACUAAUGAUGCAUCUUCUGGAAGAUUUGGCCCACUCGACACUCAACCGGGAUCAACCCAAUUCAAAGAGCUGGGCUCGGAAGAGCAAAUAACUGCCCCUGAUUUGGUUGGCAAUCAAGGGCUAGUGACUUUGACUACAAACAACCCGACACCCGUUGAGGAGUCGAAGCUUGACUUCUUCACAUCAGAUAUCAGUUUGUUCUCACAACAAUCUGCUCACGGCCCAUCAUCUGCCCUCUUUGAUGAUAUCUUUGCAGUGGGUGAAGCGCCACCUAGUACAAAUGUUUUUAGCGCGAGUCCUUUGAACGGGUUGCUUGCCUCAGCGACAACAACCGCUGUAGAUCCAUCACCACAGGGAGAUCUUUUCUCUCUUGAUAUCUUCGCAUUGGAGACACAGUUGGGGCCAAAGUCCCAAGAGGCAAGUGACGCAACCACUCCUUUGGACUGCACGGCAGAAAAAAACAAUCCAAAGCCAAGUGCACAGAAUCCUGUCACACACAAUAACUGGAUGGAUGAUUUGCUAGGAUAAAAGCAAAGAUCAAGCAAACUGUGUUAGCACACAUGUGCAUAGGAUUUUUGUAAGAAAACGAGUUAUGAUUUGCUUCUCUAAUUUGCACUUUGCAAAUUAUUGAUUUACAUUUUGCUCAGAUGUAUCGUAUAUUGUUUCUUUUUUGUAAUUACCAUAAUGUGAUGUUAGCCGAUGACAUUUUCUUCCAGCCCAUGCAAUAAGUGCUGUUUGAGGUUAUAAUUGCAAGUAAAACCAUAUGAAAUUAUGUAAAAAAAAAAAAAGUCUUGAAUGUAUGAUUCUCCUCUGUCUGUUAGAAAUUGUUGAUGCAUUUUCUAUUUUGUUUGAGCCUUCUGGAGGGUUUACAAUGUCAUUGUGGUAAUUCUAAAUAACUCAAAUAUCUGUUUUCAACCAGAAGUAUGUUAAUUAAA